AAGCCCGUGAAUACCCAUUUACAUCUUUCUAAAUUUCUUAAGUUUUUGUUUUCAAGGUGUUUAGGUAAUACUAAGUUUUUGCCUUGGAAAAACAAUUAUAUAUAGAGGAUAGAAAGCCUUUACUUGUAAGUUCAUAAGAGCAAUAGAGUUUGGGUAGGCGAUGGAGAGCGCAAUGAUAGCUUCGCCAAGAUUCUCGCAUGCACGCAGCACAAAUCAAUGGCUUCCAUUAGAUUUGAAGCCCCAGGUUUUAUGUCCAGGCAAAGUGAGGAAAACUCAUGGUUCUGGCACAAAGAAUUUAGCAUCAAUGCGUGUUCGUUGUGAGAAUAGAGAAGACGGUCGCUUGGAAAUCGACCGCCGUCAGUUGCUGUUAUCUUCGUCGACAUUGGGCGUUUCGGUUCUAACGAGCGGGAAGGCCAUGGCGAUGCCAUAUCCGGCUCCUGAUCUGUCUAAGUGUACGUACCCAACUGAUCUUCCGACUUGCGCAACGGUAGAAGGUGGGUGCUGUCCUCCAUUCAAGGAGGGAGAAACUGCCGUGGACUUCAAAUUUCCGACGUCCAUGCCUAUGAGGACGCGUAAAGCGGCGCAUCUGGCCGACGCAGAGUUAAUCUCGAAGUACGAUAAGGCACUGACGUUAAUGAAGAAGCUCCCAUUAGAUGAUCCUCGGAGUUUUCUCCAGCAAGGCAGAGUGCACUGCGCAUAUUGCAACGGGGGCUACAAGGUGGGAUCAGAUACCGUGCAGGUUCACAAGUCAUGGUUUUUUGCGCCUUUCCAUCGCUGGUAUAUGUAUUUCUACGAGCGCAUUUUGGCAACUCUCAUCGAAGACGAUACCUUUGCGCUGCCAUUCUGGAACUGGGACACCGAGGAAGGGAUGUCGAUUCCCCCCAUGUUCACCAACAAGUGCAGCUCCUUAUACGACAAUAACAGGGAUCCAUGUCACCAGCCUCCCAUCCGUCUCAAUCUGGCGGACGUAACCAGCUGUGACUCAGGCGAUGUGAGUGCCAACUAUGCUAACAUCUAUAGCCACAUGGUGUCUGGUGCGGGAACGGCAGAGCUCUUCCACGGUGCGGCAAUUCGGUACAACGCCGGAACGAAUACAUUGUCGGCGGGAGCGCUGGAAUCCUCUCCUCAUAAUCUUGGGCACCGCUGGAGUGGCACUCCCGGUAACCCAAACCGUGAAGACAUGGGCAGCUUAUACUCGGCAGGCAAAGAUCCUCUGUUCUAUACCCAUCACUCCAAUGUGGACCGCAUGUGGUACCUCUGGAACAACACAUUGGGCAACAAAAACUACGAUGACAAAGAUCUUAUGGAGACCCCGUUCCUGUUUUACGAUGAGAAUAAGCAGCUUGUAAAAGUUAAAGCCGGCGACUGUUAUGAUACAACCAAGCUGAGGUACAUAUACCAGGAUCUAGAGCUUCCCUGGUUGAAGCAGGGGCGGUCGUUGAAGAAGGCUGGAAAGCUGAUUCCUAAGCCUAAAACAUCCACCUUUGAAAAGGCUGUCGGUGACAAGGCCAAGAACCUGUCGUCUCCUUUGACCUUUAAGGUUGAGAGGCCGAACAAGAGUCCUGGUAAAGGGCAGGUGGAGGUUCUUAAGAUUGAGGGAGUGGAGACUGACAGAAAGGUGUUUUCAGCGUUCGAAAUUUUCAUAAAUUAUCCCGAGGCCACCACUACCACUCCCUUCAACAGCCCUCAUUAUGCGGGCGCCUUUACUACUAUUGGGCACGGCAUCAUGACAGAAGGAUCUAUGAUGUCAACGACUACUAAGGAGAGUUUCAAGAUUGGGAUUUCUGAGACGCUGGAAGAUUUGGGCAUACAGAAUGACGAUGAAAUACUCGUUACGCUCGUCCCAAAGUCUUCCAAAGAUCUGGCUACGUCUCCCAUUACCUUUACUUCCAUAACGAUUGAAAAUGUUAGCAAGUAAUUAUCACCUGGUCAGUAGAAGAGGAUUACUGCCCUUUCUACUUUCUUCAUAUUGCAGUAUUAUAUUAGUUAGUAUAUUAGUCAGUAGUAUAUUCGAGGAAUAUUAGUAAGUAGAUGUUAUGUCAUGAUUUCUAAUCACUUUGUAUCAAGAAGUUGACGUGUGGACAUUUUACUUUAACAAUGUGAUUCCAGUUUAAUAAUAAAGAUAUUUUUCUGUGUCGAACAGUAUCCACUGUUUUUUAAUUUUAA